AUGAGUAGUACGCUAACAAAUGGUACAGUAAACGCAUCAUAUGCGUUCGAUCCGCAAAGCCUUGAAAUCAAAACAAAAUCGGUAGAGCAAACUCUUGUCCCGCUUGUAACUCAGAUAACAACGCUUGUGAAUUUCAAGGAGAAUUACUUGUCAAGUGGCAAAAAACGAUCUGAAAAAGCUCUUCGUUCGGCUCUAAAAAUAGGAUCAGCAGUAGAAGCAGCUAUUGAACGGUUUGUAGUAGUUGGUGAAACAAUUGCUGAUGAAAAUCCAGAUGUGCAACCUGAAAUGUACGAUGCAUGUCACGAAGCUCGACUUGCAGGGGCUUCAAUAGCAAAUUUGAAUGGUUGUUUAACGGAUGAUUCGGGUAUUGCAAUUGAUAAAUCUGUUCUUGUACGAGCUGCGCGACAACUUUUAACUUCUGUAACGCGAGUUCUUUUGUUAGCUGAUCGUGUACUUGUCAAACAUAUUCUUAGGUCUGAAGAUAAGAUAGCAUAUUCACUGGUAAAAUUAGAAAAUACAACAAAUUUCACGGAUUUUGUAAAAAUUUUCACCGAAUUUGGUGGUGAUAUGGUUGAUUUGGCUCAUCGCUCAGGCGAUCGGCAGAAUGAUUUAAAAAGUGAAAAACGUCGCGGACAAAUGGCGGUAGCACGUACAAUGUUGGAAAGGUUGACAAUGUUGCUGUUAACCUCAAAUAAAACACUUUUAAGGCAUCCGGAUAGCGAAAGCGCGCGUCAAUGUCGAAAUGGAGUUUUUCAACAGAUGCGUUUGGCUCUUCAGUUGAUCGCACUUUGCGUUUCCGAUGGUGUAAUGCACUUUGAUGCAUCACAUUUUGCAUUACCAUCCAGUGAAGAAGUUUUAGAUAUUGGAAUGCAACUAACUGCCAAUGCAGCUAUUAGGCAGCUAAUGGAAAUGUUGGAAAUGGUACGGAUAACAUGUAACAUUGGAACUGGUACAAGGGAACGAUUGAUAAGCGCUUUGGAUUCUUUGUGUGAAAUAACUCAGGAUUUUACCGAUUCAGCCUACACUCCACAUCAUCAUCGUGAGCAGAUUUUGGAUUUCUUGGAAGAAUGUCGAUUUGAAUUGACAAAUCUUAUACAGCCUGAUGUUGCCGAUGAGCCUUUAAGGAAUGAAAGUAUCGAAGUGAGUGUGGAGAGGUUUACUCGAAGACUGAAGAAUCUCAGGAAACAGCUGCAAAUUGUAGCUAUGGAACAAAUCUCAGAAGUACUGCGUACCAAUGAAGACCAAGUAAUUUUGUCAUCUAUAAAAACGUGCUCUGUUUCCGGUGAUAUUGACGGUGUUGAAAAAUUUCUUGAAGAAUUUCGUGAACAUGCAGAACAUAUACAAGAAACAUUGUUGGCUGGUCGCACGCUGUGCAUACAUCCGUCAUCACGUAUAGCACGAGAGAACGUUGAAGUUUUUUGUGACACGUGGGCACAGUGUGUUAAUGAUUUGUCCAGACUGGCAAAAGAAACGGAUGCAGCAGCAAGCGGUCGUUUAGUAGCAGAAAAACAAGCUUAUAUGUCGCUGCCUAGGCCAGGGGGUGCUCUAGAACCUAUGGAUCAAUUCCAUCGAUUCGUUGAAAACACUAACUCUUCGUCUACUAUUUCGGUGGCAAGCACAAGUAAACCGUUUACCGCGGAUGUAAAUUUUCAGUGUGUACUGGAUGAUUUACAGGAUGAAAAGCAUGGAACGACACAAAAGCCAACUAAACCAAUUACACUUGAUGUGGAAGAUCAGCAGAAGAUAGCAAAAGUUGGAUUGGAAAUGAAACUUUUGACUUCUGAAGUGGAUGCAGAAGCAGAAAAAUGGGAUGAAUAUGCAGAAAAUGAUAUUGUUAAGCGAGCGAAAGCAAUGUCUUCCAUGGCUUACAAUAUGUACCUUUUCACGAGAGGUGAUGGACCACUAAAAACAACACAUGAUCUUUUCACACAAGCAGAAUUUUUUGCAGAACAAGCAAACAAAAUGUAUAAAACAGUUCGAGAAUUUUCUUAUGAGGUACCGGGAAGUGCUGAGAAAAACGAUCUGUCGACAAUUCUGGAGAAAAUACCGAUACAUUGUCAGCAAUUACAAGUACUUGUGAAAAGUCCAACAAUUGGUAAACCAGCAACAUUUUCCAAAGUUGAUUCGGUGAUACAGGAAACAAAGAAUCUAAUGAAUGAGAUUGCUAAACUUGUUACUGCUUGUUUUGUUUGUGCAACUAAGUUUGAAAUUGAAUUUCAUGGUUCGUCGGUCCCACGACAAGUGCUUGCCGAUGGCGAAUAUACGCAACGUAGUAGUAGGGAAUCUACGUUGUGGCGGCGAACUCCAUCAAUGCGACAUCCUGCACAAGCACCCGUAGUUCAAGUUCGUUCAGAUAUGUGA